AUGAGGACAUAUGCGUCCCUUUUGGAUGUUCUUGAAGCAAUGCCACAGUCUGGAGGAAGUUUUCCCGACUCCACAGGAAGAAGACAGAGACCGGCAAUUCCAAAAGGAAAAGCAUCUGAAGAGUCCCAGGUCCUCACACCUGCUGAGCUUUCGUCAGUUACAGAUUCCCAGCCCUUCAUCCCCCACAGACUGCCUGCAUCAGAAUUUCUGGGUGGAAGCAUCAAAAUUCAUUAUGUCAACACCUCCCCCCACACAAGUGGUUCUGAUGCUGUUGAUCCAGGUGCUGGCAAUCCAGAACCUCGGGUCUGCUCCUCCCACUUUACAGGAAGGGAAACGGGUUUGGUGGAGCUGGAGGACUUUAACGAGGUCCUGCAGCUGGUUUUGCCCCUUACGAAACAGGGUUGA